AUGUCUGCCGAGAAGAGACCAGCGUCCGAUGACCCCUCGGGCCAGCUGGUGGUCAAGCGCCAGAACCUGGGCGAGAGGGCUCUCGCAAGAGCCAAUGCCUCUGGGAGCAGUGCCCUGGUGCAGUCGACACCACGGACGAGUGGCCUUCAGGCGCCAGUGAUGGAGCUGUCUGGGCACCCGGGGGAGAUCUUCUCCGCAAAGUUCGACCCCAGCGGGAACCUCAUCGCCUCUGGGGGCAUGGAUCGCAGCAUCAUGCUCUGGCGAACCUACGGCGAUUGCGAGAACUACGGCUUGCUGACCGGCCACCGCGGCGCCGUCCUCGACCUCCAAUGGUCCCGUGACUCGGAGAUCCUCUUCUCCGCCUCGGCGGAUAUGCACCUCGCCAGUUGGGAUCUGACCUCUGGGCAAAGGAUACGGCGCUACGUUGGUCACGAGGAGGUCAUCAACACACUGGAUAUCAGCAAGCGCGGCGAGGAGACAUUGAUAAGUGGCAGCGACGACGGCACAAUAGGCAUCUGGGAUCCAAGGACAAAAAACGCGGCAGAUUAUAUCGAGACACAGUUCCCAAUCACCGCGGUCGCGAUCUCCGAGGCCGGAAACGAGAUCUACUCAGGCGGUAUCGACAACGACAUCAAGGUGUGGGAUAUACGGAAGAAGGGCGUGGUGUACUCCAUGCUGGGACACCAGGACACCAUCACCACGCUCAGGGUCUCACCUGACUCGCAAAGUCUGUUGUCAUACUCAAUGGACUCGACGGCACGGACCUGGGAUAUUCGGCCGUUUGCACCGACAGAGAGACACAUCCGCACGUUCGACGGCGCCCAGGUGGGCAUUGAGAAGAACCUAGUGCAGGCCAGCUGGGAUAAAGACGGAAAGAAGAUAGCUGUUGGCGCUGGCGACGGUACGGUCGUUAUAUGGUCGAGCGACAACGGCAAGCUGCUCUACAAGCUACCGGGCCACAAAGGCACUGUCAAUGUUGCCGAGUUCGCGCCCGGGAAAGACCCCAUCAUCUUAUCGGCCUCGGCGGAUCGGACAAUGCUUCUUGGCGAGCUGAGGUGA